GGUCCAUGGCGGUAGGUUAAACAGAAGAUCAUAUUUUUGUUCCUGUGUCAACGAAAAGAAGAAAAGAAGAGUCGCCAGUGAGACCCUAGAUAAGUUUACAUCAAAGAUAGUUUUCCAAACAUAACGGAAAAGUCUCAUCAUAUCUGACACUAGCCAAACAUCCACCGCUUUAGCAGAACUCAUUUUGAAAAUGGUAAGUCGUUUGACCGAGCUUAUUGCUAAUAGGUGUAAGCAGCAACUGCUAGCUUGAUUCAGUUUUUAGCCGUCGCCAGCCGUCGAGCUUUAAAUUCGGUUACGACUACUUGCUGGACUCGCUAACAUUAACAUAGAAGCAUCAUCUAUCAUUACCAUAACAAUAGUUUUAAAUUUAAGUCUCUAUUAUGAAUUUUAGGACUGCUUGCAGCUUUAUUAUUUGCGUUACCAUCUUGAGGAUAAGCUAGCUAUGCUAGCGCUAAUGAUAAAUGAACGUAACGUCGACAUUGAAGUUACGUCGAGAAAGAAAUGAUCAGCUAAAAACAGGAAUAUCAGAAGGAGCCUGUCAAAGUAUAUAACACGUUUUUAUUGUGAAAAUAAUCUUUACAUUUCUUUGGCUUUUGUUGGUAACUUUGGUGCUCAAGAGGUUUGUUGUCAGCUUCCGUUUCUUUUUAAUUUUCAGACUUAGGUUUAUAAUAUGACGGUUUCUAGAGAACAUUUCACAUUAACAUCAUUGUGCGUGCACAUAAACAAGAUUAAGGAUUUAUGAGCCCCAUGAAUAUUCCAGUUUUAUAUAUUUUUUUUUUAAAAAGUGGAAUUUCAUCACAAUGCCGUACCGGUGUUUCAUAUGUUGAAGUAUCAUUACUUAAAAUAGGGUAAAUGCAAAAUACACCGUCCAGCCAUGACUUUAAGAACACAAGAGCUAUCUGAUGCAAGCAAACAACUAUUCCAUCCCCAUUAUCCCACAAAGCUUCUACAUCCUCAGUGUGUGUGGACAUGGUCAGACAGUUGGGUUAAUCUUCCAUAAGUUAAAUUAUUUAAGUUAUGGUGAUUACUGAGGGGCAUUAAAUGUAAAGAUGUUCAUAAUCUUCUCCCCUCAUGUUUGCAAAUCAAUUGUCUGAUUAUGUCAGUAAAAACAAAAAUUUUUAAGGCUUCCUGAAAGUAAAGUGUAUGUUAGGCCUGUUGUAUUCGAUUGCACAAAUGUUCAUAAUGUUGCUGGUUAGUGUUUAGGCGUUCAGAAACGCAGUGAGGUGACCAGUUUUUUACAUUACUUACCAGCUUGAUACCAGCUACUGUCAUUAUUUACAAGUAACAUGUAAUUGCUUCACAGCCAUUCUUACAGAUAUAACACCAGUGUAUUUUCUACAUUUAUUUGCCUGUAAGAAUAAGAAUCACUUUAUUUUAUCUUCAAAGGGAAAUUCAGUUAUGUAUUAUAUCAACAUUGUAUUAUAUCAACAUUCAAUAAGAUUACUUACCAUCAGUGUAUGUGAAUGCUUACAAAUUUGAUGUGGCAUCAGAUUUGUGGUCUAUAAACUGAAAUAAGACAUUAACAAUUGCAAGGAAUGAAAAGCUGCAUGAAGUUAUUUUAGGUUCCAAUACAAGACACAAAUAGACAGAUACAUUUCUGUUUAAGUUGAGAUGUGUAAAUCUAUUCACAAAUUAUCUGUUGAUCUAUUUUUACUUAUAGGUUGUGUAUGUGUCUGUGCAUAUGCACAACCCUAACUGGUUGAACUGUCUUCCUCCAGAACUCCAAUGUGGAGAAUUUGCCUCCUCAUGUUCUUCGUCUGGUCUACAAAGAGGUUUCAGCUUUAGCAGCAGACCCACCUGAAGGCAUCAAGAUUUAUCCCAGUGAGGAAGACAUAACUGAACUGCAUACAGCCAUUGAAGGACCAGGUACGGAUUGCAAUAUUGAUUUAAUCAAAUGUAUACUGACCAUAGUGGGAAAAAUGAAAAGGUUAAUUAAAUAUUAAAGUGAGUAAAGUCAUUGCUGAGGUAGAAAUGAAUCACUUUAAAUUUCCUAUGACAGCUUUGUCUUGUAUAACACCAUUUUUUUUUUUUUUACAAACAUUUGUAUGCAUUCCUUUAAUUACAUUUUUUGAUAAACAAAUCUGUGUCUGAUGAGCUUAUGCCUAUCCCCAAACUCGGUAAAAUAUUUCAUAAACUGUUUUGCACUAAAGAGAGAUCCUAUCAUCAUGUUAAGGUAACAACACCCCUGACCGUUUUUUUUUUUUUUUUUUCAAUGCAGCAGUCAAUAGGUAGAAAGUAUUCCUAGUCAUGCCUCUAUAAUUAUUGUACAAAGAACUUUAAUGGUUGUCGAGAUGCUGCUUCAUGCUGUAAGACUCAUAAGCCACUCCAGCCACAUGUCUGUCAUUGUCCAUUGUGUCUCUCUUUUCUAGAGGCUCAUUGCUGAAACCCUUGUUGUUUUUAAGUACGCCUUGAAGAACCAGACACUUUUCCUCUUCCUUUCACUCCUCCACAGUGAAGCCUCUGUGCAUCAGUGUCCUUUACUGGCUCCAGAUACAUAUUGCUCUCCUCAGUGAUUAUGUUUCAAGUGGAAAUAUAGUAUUUUUGGUAACUUCCUAUGUGUAUUUGUAGCGACACAGAUGAAGGAUCUUCUGUGUUUCUGUUUGUAGACUCACUUGUCACAUAGUGUCCCUCUUCUUUUCCUGGAGUUUGGCACAGUCAAGACAUACUGUUCAUAAGAUGAAUUCUUUAUGCUUUGACAGAGGGAACUCCAUUUGCUGGUGGCAUUUUCCGAAUGCGUCUUGUCCUCGGAAAGGACUUCCCUGCGGUUCCACCUAAGGGGUAUUUCCUGACCAAGAUUUUUCACCCCAAUGUGGGCCACAAGGGAGAGAUCUGUGUCAACGUGUUGAAGAGGGACUGGAAGGCAGAACUCGGACUCCGACAUGUUUUACUUGUAAGGAGAAUAAUCAGUCUAAGUUGUUUUUCAGCUUCGCUGAUCCCACAAGUUUGUUUUUACAUUUCCAUCUCCUCUUUUUUUUCCCUCAGACAAUCAAGUGUCUUCUCAUCCAUCCAAAUCCUGAGUCGGCCCUAAAUGAAGAGGCUGGGCGUUUGCUGUUAGAAGACUAUGCAGAAUAUGAGUCCCGAGCUCGUCUGCUCACAGAAAUCCACGCCAUGGGCGGGCCCGGUGGGACUUCUGGGGCACCCCAGGACCCUAAUGAUGGCCCACAGCCUAAAAAGCAUGCAGGCGACCCUACAAAGAGAGCAGGGCCCAGUGCAGCAGCUGUACCGGCAGCUCUGGGUAACGGAGCUAACGGAGCCAGCACCACCAGCAGUAAUAGUAACAGUUCUAGUAACACUAACAAUGUAGCAGGGAAAAAGAAAGCAGACAAAAAGCGUGCAUUGAGGCGACUUUAAUACCUCAUUGAAACCCUCAGUGUGUGAGUGUAAGUGUGUGAGUGAGAGAUUGUGUAAAUAUGAAUAUUGAAGUGUGACGAUAAUGUUUUUGUUCCCUUUUUCUGACUAUUUCUACCACCUACCCAGACUGUCCACUUUGUACUCAUAUCUGAAGUUUGUCCUGUUGGCGUUAGAGGUGUGUCUAUUUCCAAGAUAUGAUGAAAUAUAUUUGUUAGACUUUUAACAGAAAAGGACAACACUUUCAGAGCCAAGAUCAUACCAUUAGGUGUUGUUUUUUUCUCUGGUAUGUGUGAAUGAACAAUACAGGAGUUGGAAUUUACUGUUAAAAACAUUGCCUCUUAUAUCUGCCUGUUAAUGAGACCUGACUAGUUUCAUCCAUGACUUGGCGUCAGCUCCUUUUCUAAAAUUACUCUUGGUAAAAGCUGCUGUGAUGGUACCGUGUACUGCUCAGCCAGACUGACUUGUGAGUUUAAACCAGAACAGUACUUGAAGGAAAUAAUGGAAGGAACGAUGGAAGUUUGUUAAUAAUUAUGUGGAAAAGGAAGCAGAGUCACAUCUGAGAGAAAUAAUGUUACACAGUUAUCAUAAUCCAGCUGAGGCAAAGGUAUAAAAAGAGUUAAAAGUGGAUUUCAAGAGGUCUGUUAUUCUCUUUGUGGAGUCACAACCCCUUUUUAGGUUUUAUUUUUCUAAAAUAGUUUCACUGUCCAGUAUUUUCAAAAAUUGUUUAUAAUUGACAUGUUCAUAUUCAGCUGUCUUGUGGUUUUGUGUGAAGACCUAGAUCAGUGGCUUUAAGGGAACAGGGUAGGUUGCCAGACCACUUUAUAAAAAUCCAUUAUUUUAACGUUUAUCUCGGCUCCCUUACAAAGCAGUUUAGUGCUCUCAUGUACCCAACUCCAGACAAGCCAUGUGGGUAUCAUAGGAGCGAUCAGCAAGAAAACCUCCAUGUUUGAUAAAAUUUGUCUCCCCACUUGUCGCACUGGCUGGUUCCCUGGGCAGGUUUUCUCUCUUUUCUAAAUGCAUGCUGGGCCUACAUUUCCCAAGGAAACACACUGAAGCUUUUGUGUAAAUUUGGAUGGAAAAUGUGCCUCUGGAACUCCUGUCACUGUGCAGACUGUUGGCUGGAUAUUUUAUGUCCAUUUUAAAUUAUUUAAAUUAAUAAAACUUUGAAAUACCAGAAGUGAAACGAAAAAUGACUCAUAUUUGUUCUUUUUUGAGUGGCAUUUAGUAUGGUAAUUGUUAAUCUGGGUUAAGAGCUGUGCAAUAAUAGGUGUGUGUAUGUCUUCCCAUCAGAAUAGCUGCUAAGAAAGAAGCUUUUACUGUUGAGUGACAUGUAAUAUCCCUUCAUUUUGUUUAUAGUGCUCUCCUGUUCUCCAGUGAUGGAAUAACCAUUAUGAGGGGGAAAUCAGUAAUUGCAUCCACCCCAGCAAACCAGUGAGUGAAAGUGCACCCGGUAGAGCGUCAUUGGAUCGUCUAAUGAAGGGCUCCACUAGCCACUGCUGCAGACAUGCAGCAGCCCACCCACCUGUGUAGAAAUAGCAGCCUGCCAUGCAGGUAAUAAUCAGGCCUUUCUUGGACACCUGGGCUCCACAAAACCCUUUACAUCUUCCCAAACCUCA